CCUGGAUUGAACCAGAGGACGUGUGAUGUUCCAAAAGAUGAGUCGUGGAUAUUCAGAAAACAACAAUUUCCUAAACAAUAACAACCAAAUGGUGUUGGACAUGAUCCUUUACCCAUUAAUUGGAAUCCACCAGACCAUCAACUGGGAAUCAGUGGCAAGGCUUGUGCCUGGAUUAACACCCAAAGAGUGUGCAAAGAGGUUUGAUGAACUGAAGAACAGUGGAAGCUCACCUGUGGACAACCACUAUAGUCCCCUCAUGGCUGCUGGAGAGAGUCCUGUUGAAACUUUAGCCACGUAUAUCAAAUCCUCGCUUCUUGGCACACAAAGAGAAUUUCAGGAGACUCCAGUUGGUCAGGAUGCAGUUUCUAAAACAGGAAGACAUAGUAUAGCUUCCACAAGGAAUUGUUCUUCAGAAAGUGAAAAUUGUACUACUCAUAAUGGUGGAGAAAAGACUGAAGAAUCUGAAGGGCCAAACAUGGUGAUCCAUGUAUGUGAUGAAGCAAAAAACUUGAAAGAAGAUUUUAUUUGCCCACGAGAUCUUUUGAUAUCAGAAAUGAAGUACUUUGCUGAAUAUUUAUCUGUGGACGCCCAGCGCUGGGAAGAGGUGGACAUUUCAGUUCAUUGUGACGUUCACAUUUUCAACUGGUUGAUAAAAUAUGUUAAAAGGAACACUAAGGAGAAUAAAGAUUGUGAGAUGCCCACUUUAGAGCCAGGAAAUGUCAUUUCAAUUCUUAUUUCUUCAGAAUUUUUGAAAAUGGAUUCAUUAGUUGAACAAUGUAUUCAGUAUUGCCACAAAAAUAUGAAUGCCAUAGUAGCUACCCCAUGCAACAUGAACUGUAUUAAUGCAAAUCUUGUUACACGUAUAGCUGAUCUGUUCACACACAGUGAAGUUGAUGAUUUAAAGGACAAGAAAGAUAAGUUUAGGAGUAAACUUUUUUGUAAGAAGAUUGAGAGACUAUUUGAUCCUGAGUACUUGAAUCCAGAUUCUCAGAAUAAUGCAGCAACAUUAUACAGAUGCUGUUUGUGUAAGAAACUUUUAACAAAAGAAACAGAAAGAAGAAUUCCUUGCAUUCCUGGAAAAAUCAAUGUGGAUCAACAUGGAAAUAUUAUCUACAUUCAUAUAAGAGAUAAGACUUGGGAUGUUCAUGAGUAUUUGAAUAGUCUUUUUGAAGAAUUAAAAUCUUGGAGAGAUGUAUAUUGGCGCUUGUGGGGAACAGUCAACUGGCUAACUUGUUCAAGAUGUUAUCAGGCUUUUCUGUGUAUAGAGUUUUCACAUUGUCAAUAUCACUCAGAAACAGUGAUUUAUCCUACUGCAGGAAGUUCGCUAAGUAUUGUUGGCACUGGAAUCUAUCCCUGCUGUAACCAAAAGGUUCUUCGGUUUGACCCCACUCAGCUUACAAAGGGUUGUAAAGUGAAGGACCACAUGGUUGCUCUUCGUGAUCAAGGUGAAGGUGAAGAUUUGCUGUCCUGCCCAACUGCCAGAAUACUGGAUGAUCUGCAGAAACACAAAGAUGUCAUUCUUGUGCCUUUUGCUAAAGAUACAGUCAGUGAUUCUGGUGGUCCCUGUGAUGAAAAGGGUCUAGACUGUGAUGUUUUACUGGAGCCAAAUACACCAUGGGGCCCCAAGAGUGGGGAGCUCAAUGCUUUCUUAUCACUGAAAAACUGGACACUGCAGCUGAAACAACAGUCAUUAUUUUCAGAAGAAGAAGAAUAUACCACUGGGUCCGAGGUCACUGAAGAUGAAGUUGGAGAUGAAGAAGAAGUAUCCAAGAAACAAAGGAAAAAGGAGAAGCCAAAGAAAUUCACUAAACAACCAAAAAAGCAGAUGUCUUCACCCUGUGGUCAGAAGAAAGAAAAGGCAUUGGAGAAGUCAACUUCUAGAGAUGUGUCUCCUUUCAUCGUGAGUAUGCAGAAGAAUAAGUGGGAUGCCACAAGAUCCUUGAGAUUCAACCAAGAUGCGCAAAGAGAAGAUGAUCAACGGCGGAUGUCUGAAAUUACAGGGCACCUAAUAAAGAUGAGAUUGGGUGAUCUGGACCGAGUCAAGUCAAAGGAAGCAAAAGAAUUUGCAGGAGGUAUUUAUUCCAGGCUUGAAGCACAAAUCAAGGCCUCAGUGCCAGUCAGUGCACGGCAAAGCAGCUCAGAGAAAAACACAAGGUCUAAAAGUCGUUUUGGUCAAGGUCGGCCUGCGUAAAGCACCUUAAAAUAUAACUAAGAAGACAGAAGACUCACCUCUGGACAUUUGAAAUUGCUCAUCACUUCUUGAAGGUCUUC